AUGAAAUUCGACGAUUUUCUAUUCGCCUAUCUCGGCGAGAUUGGAAAGUAUCAAAAAAUUCAAUUUUUUCUUGUAUGUCUACCAACUAUGAUUGUUUCAAUGCACGCACUUAGCUGGACAUUUGCUGCCGUUGAUCUUCCCUACAGGUGUCGACUACCAAAUGAAUCGCUGAGCUCAUCUUACCUAACCCGCCAACUCAAUAUUACAAAAUGUGUGGAUGCAAGUGGAAAAACUGCAAAACCCGUUUACGAUUCUCCAUCACCUGAUUUAACUUGCUACUACGAUCGUUGUCAUUAUGGAAACGGAGAAAAAUGUUCGGAGCACAUUUUCGAUCAUUCGAAGGUUGAAUACACUGCCGUUGAGAGGUGGGAAAUCACAUGCGACCGCGGCUGGAUCAAAGCCACCAUACAAGCUGCCUAUUAUGUGGGCCAAAUGGCUGGCUCCACAAUAUUCGGGUUGCUCGGCGAUCGAAUCGGUCGCAAGAAAGUGUUCUUCCUAGCGAUUCUGAUUCAAAUCGUAUGCGCUUAUGUCAUUGCUGUUGCACCAUUUUGGUGGAUUUACGCAAUUGCGAGAGCCGGCACUGGAUUCUCACAUCCCGGCAUUUUCGUCAUCGCUGUUGUCAUUGGUACAGAGCUUGUUGGUCCGAAAUAUCGUCGAUUAUCAUCAGUUAUUACUGGAUUAUUUUUCUCAUUGGGCCAGGUUCUUCUUGGAGUCGAAGCCAUAUUUUUCACCGAUUAUCGCCUUCUUCAUGUAGUUAUUGCAACUCCAGCUCUCCUCUUUUUAUCCUAUUGGUGGAUUGUUCCUGAGAGCGCACGUUGGCUUGUAUCUCAAAAGCGUUUCAAAGAAGCUGAUGAUGUGCUUCAAAAAGCAGCAAAAACAAAUAAAGUUACGUUGCCUGAGAACUGGUGGGAGCAACUGGAUGAUAGUGGUGAGACUGGAUCAUCUGGAGAACCAGUUCGAAGGCUCAACAGCUUCGAUCUGUUCAAAACGCCAGAACUUCGAAAGAGAACAUUGGUUGUAUUCUUUCUAUGGCCAGUUGUAUCAAUGGUAUACUAUGGAAUGGCAAUGAAAGCCAAUGUUCUUGGUGGUGAUAUCUAUAUCAAUUUCAUAUUUGCCGCUAUUAUUGAGAUUCCAGCACUUUUCAUUGUAUAUUUUCUCAUUGAUAGAAUUGGUCGCCGUUUCAUCCUUUCUGGAGGCCUCUUUAUCGCCGGCGGAUGCCUAAUUCUCAACUGGGCGAUGGGCGAGAAUGUCAGCACAUUCAUCGCAAUUGUUCAAAUGCUUGUUACAAAGGGUGCAAUCACGGGUGUCUAUGCAGCUUUAUACACGUAUUCCCCGGAACUCUUCCCAACUGUUAUUCGAAAUACAGCGAUGGGCUACUGUUCAACAAUAGCUAGGAUUGGUGCAAUUACUGCAAGCUAUGUGUCUAUGUGGAUUGCUGAACAAUUUGGAAAAGUUUUCAUGAUCAUUCCAUUUGGAACAUUAGCAGUUGUAGCUGCACUCUGCACGAUAAUUCUUUUACCGGAAACGAUGGGCAAACCUUUACCUGAAACAAUUCGAGAGAUUGAAGAGAUCGGCACCCUUCAAGACGAACGAGAAAUGCAACCACUCUCAAAAGACGCCGAAUAA